GCUGUUAGCAUAUGUUGCGGGUAUUGUUUGGCUCUUUCAGCUGCGACAUCCUCACAACAUCGGCCGAGAGUACAUUUCGGAGAAUGCGUUGAUUCCGGGCGCGGCCAAGGUAUCCUUUGGUAUAGAUGAUAAGGCACCCUCGGUCAAGUCCCUUUACAGUGACAUGCAGACGUCAGUAGCAGAACAUGCACUGGGCUACACGGACACGUAA